AUGCACCAUAUACUGAGUUUCCCAGUCGAAAUCAUUAUUUACGUGUUCGAAUCACUUGAUGAUAUUGACGAUGCCUUGCAUUUUGCGAGAUGCUGCAAGUAUCUUUAUAGUGCUUUCAACCCAAUGGGCGUCCGAUUGGCGAUAUUCAGAUCCGUUAUUGCACGGGCUUCACAUCACGAAUAUGAUGUUGAGCUAAGUCAACGCACGAAUCUGUAUGGACAAUUUUCCGAAGAUUUCUAUGAGACACUGUCACUUCCUAUUGCGGAAAACCCAACCUACCGCAAGUCUCUAGCCUACAAAUUUCUAAGCCCUUUGACAUGUGGCGAUAAAAUCCCUGCUGAAAUUGUCUGGGAUGUGGUCUGUAGGUGGCAAAGAAUGCGUGUUCUGUACAAUCUCUAUUGCAACUCUGCAAUCAACGAAGCCUAUUCCACUUCCACAUUCCCUAAAUCCCGAAUCGGGUCUAGGAAUGGGUUUCAAAGAGAUGUCGCGAUGACUAGAGAGCCUGCUCUCCAGCCCCCAUCUGAUCGCAUCCUCGCCAGUGUCGAGUAA